CUCACCUCGGCUAUUCUUAGGCUGUCUGUCCCUCGCCCUCAGCAACUCUGCAGAGGUCCCACAGCACCUGACCCACCCACCCCACACCAACACCACCCCAGGGUGUUUGUCCUGAGAGCUGGGAGCAGACAGGAAGAUAAGCCAGGCCUGACGGAGAAGAAGCUACCACCGAGGCCGACCGGGACAAAAGGAUAUCAGUGGAGGACGGGAACACAGCACCAGGAGGAGAAAACACACAGCAAGCAGGAGUUGUUAGCGGGAGGAGUGUUGACGUUUGACCCAAGAUGAGUUCGUACACAGUGACUCUGAAUGGCCCUGCUCCAUGGGGCUUCAGACUACACGGAGGAAAGGACUUCAACAUGCCACUCACCAUCUCCAGGAUAACUCCGGGGAGCAAGGCGGUGGGCGGCAGCUUGGCCCAGGGCGACAUCAUCUCAGCCAUCGAUGGGGUCACCACCGAGGGGAUGACGCACAUGGACGCCCAGAACAAGAUCAAGUCUGCCUCCAACACACUGGCACUCACCAUGCAGAAAUCAAGACGUGCAGCAGCAUUUUCAACUCCAAGAAUGGACUCCCCCAUGCCAGUCAUCCCCCACCAGAAGGAUUUAGAGGUCGGGCCUAAACAUUUCGGAGAGGAAGUUCAAAUGCUCCAAGUUGGUAAAAAAGACCCCGAUCUCCUAUCGACCCCGGUCAAAACCUCUGCCUCCUCCUCACCGUCUGCCCUAUCUCCACCCGGCCAGGCGGGGCAGUACAAUUCCCCAGUUGGCCUUUACUCUGCUGAAACUCUCAGAGAAAUGAGGAUGAUGCAGGGCAAUUUAGGACAGGGGUCGACAGCUUCCUUGGGAGUUUCAUCACUGUGUGGAUCUCUGCCCAUCAAGGACCCCGUGGUAGACUGUGCAUCUCCAGUUUACCAGGCAGUGAUCAGGCCAUUAGGAGAUACGAACGAUAGUCUAUCUGAAUGGGCUCGUCGUGCUGCCAAUCUGCAGUCCAAGAGCUUCAGGAUGCUGGCCCACAUCACUGGAACUGAAUACCUGCAAGACCCAGAUGAGGAGGCCCUGGCGAAGUCGAGAGAGAAGUUUGAGUCAGAGGUGAAAGGUCCCCGCUUUGCCAAGCUGAAGAACUGGCACCAAGGACUGUCUUCACAGAUCCUCAACGUCCAGGAAUAAAGGAGGAAAAAGAACAGGAGGACAUGUAAAGGAAGACAUGGACAAAAGCACAGGAGUAAAAAGGAAAAGGGGAUAAGUUAUGGAAGGAUAAAAAAAGGAACAGGAGGAGGAGGAAACUCCUCAGGAAUGUGAGAUAGUGUUGUAGCCUAGAUUAGUAUGUGAGAUAUUAACUGUUAGUGUGAGAAUGCUAUGUGUUCAUAAGCUCAAUAUUACCUGUCAAAUGUAUCCGUCCGCUGCUAAACCUGAUCUCGAUUUGGGUUUCUCUUUCUCUCUUUUUUUCAGUUUGUUUUAGUUCUGUCUCUCUUAAAUCAAAGGGAAAUUGUACAAAAAAUAAUCAAAUGAAAAUGCAGAACUGAUGUUUCUUUUAGUACAUAAACGGCAUUCACAAACAUAUGAGUUUUAACACUAAGCAUGCUUGUGAGAAAGCAAAAGAUGCACACAUAGAGAUUUACCGACAUGCACAAAUACAGUAUGUAAAAAUGCACUCACAAAUGUACUUAUAUCAAUGUGAAUAAAUGUUUUCUUAAAACCAAA